UGGGGGCUGUGCUGGGGGCUGGCCUGAGGCGGGGGAGCGUUGGCUGGACGCCCACCGGGGCCAUGAUGGCGGAGUAGAGCUGAGGCCCGCGCCCAGAGAAUGAGCACAUGUUGUUGGUGUACGCCUGGUGGUUCCUCCACCACCCAGUUCCUAAGAACUUAUGCUUCCAAGACUUUGUCUCCUGAAGAUCGUGCAGCAGCCAAUGAUGAUCUCUGUUACUGCCUGGAAUGUGUGGUUGAAUAUCACAAGGCAAGGGAUGAAUUGCCAUGCUUACUGCAGGAGAUCUUAUGGGAGUUGGAAACCUCCCGUCUCAUAGACCACUUUGAGAAAUCCAUGAAGACAGAUAUUGAAGAGGAUGAUGAAUUAUUUAUAGUGGAUGACAAUGGGGAAACUAAACUGUCUGGUUACACAGGCCCAGAUUUUGAGAACAACCUGCGUGUACCUCUUCUAGAAAUACUGAAAUACCCAUACCUGCUGCUACAUGAACGAAUCAGUGAGCUCUGUGUUGAGGCUCUUUGUAAAAUGGAACAAGUUAACUUCUCCUUUCAGGUCUUUGACAAACAUCCAGGCAUUUAUCUGUUGUUGGUACACCCCAAUGAAGUGAUUCGUCGAUGGGCCAUCCUGACAGCAAGAAAUUUAGGGAAAGUCGACAGGGAUGAUUACUAUGACUUACAGGAAGUGUUGACUUGCUUGUUUAAAGUCAUUGAGUUGGGGCUGUUUGACAGUCCUGAUAUUUAUAGUUCUUCAAUGAUUGAGAAGGGGAAACUCAUUCUUCUGCCAUCCCAUUUGUAUGAUACCACCAACUACAAAAACUACUGGCUUGGUAUCUGUAUGUUGCUAACAGUGCUGGAAGAACAAGCUAUGGAUUCUUUGUUGCUGGGUCCAGAUAAGCAGAAUGAUUUCAUGCAGUCUAUACUUCACACCAUGGAGAAACAAACAGAUGAUGAAAGCAUUGAUCCUUUCUGGCCAGCGCUGCACUGUUUUAUGGUGAUUUUGGAUCAGCUCGGGUCUAAAGUAUGGGGUCAACUCAUCGAUCCAGUCCAGGCCUUUCAAACCAUUAUCAACAAUGUCAGCUACAACAAUGAAAUAAAAAAUAUACGCAAUAGUUCAAGGAGGACUAAAUCUGAACCAGAGUCAAACUAUGAGGAAGAAAUGGUUACUUGCAGCCAGAUAGUGUAUAAUUAUAACACAGAAAAGCCCAAAAAGGAUACUGGAUGGAAGACAGCCAUUUGUCCGGAUUAUUGCCCCAACAUGUACGAAGAUAUGCAGACAUUGGCUAAUGUGCUUCAAUCUGAUAUUGGCCAAGAUAUGCGUGUCCAUAACAGCACAUUUCUAUGGUUUAUUCCUUUUGUUCAGUCCCUAAUGGACCUCAAGGACUUGGGCGUGGCUUAUAUAGUAGAGGUCAUUCACCAUCUGUGCUCGGAAAUCAAAGGCUUUCUCAGUGAAAGAGUCCAGCAAUGUGACAAAGUUUCUGAAUUUUUCAUCCUGAUUUUGGUGUCAGUUGUUGAACUACACAGAAAUAAAAAGUGCCUGCAUUUGCUUUGGGUUAGCUCUCAGGAAUGGGUGGAAGCAGUAGUGAAAUGUGCUAAACUUCCAACUAUAGCAUUUAUGCGCUGCUCUGAAAAAGCACCUGGAAACGCUCCUAAACUUACACCAACAAUAUCUUCACAGGCUUCUAACACUGUACAGCAUGCUUGCGUGCAGUUGAUACGCAGCCUUCUUCGAGAAGGCUACCAGUUAGGGCAACAAACUGUUUGCAAACAGUUUCUAGAUAAACUCAAUCUGCUUUUGCGUGGAAACUUACCUAUGGGUUGGCAGCUGAACAACCGGGAAACUCAGGAAUUGCAAAUGUGUUUAAAGCAGGUAAUAAGAAGUAUAAAGGACAGAUCAUCAAAUGCUUCCAUACCUGUGGAAAAUAGCGUGAUCUGUACAAAUUUGCCCACCAUUCCUAUAAAGCAAGAGAAAGGGACAGCCAGUGACAGGUGUCAGAUGAAUAUACAAUACAGGGAUAGCCUCAGUCCCCCAUUUUCUUUAGCAUCUGGGAGCGAUGAGGCUUGUCAAGAGAGUUCUUCCCCAAGAAGAAGAGGUAUCUGGGAAGAGGAAUAUAGGGAAAUGUCUUUUAACAAUACAAAAUUAUGUGUAACUGCAGAAUGCCUUUUGACAGAUAUUAAAAAAGAACCUCAUGAUAGGUCAUUUCAGGAAUGUGAACAUCCCGAUAGCUCUGGAGCAACAAAAAUACACAAGGAUACCCCUAAAAAUGGAAACAACUACCAAGUGCAGGGGAACCAAAAUAAGAAUAACUCCUUACUUAAACAGUGCUUCAACACAAGUCCUCAAGUCUGUGAUUUCAAAAGUCAUGCUAUAUUGGAGAGAGACGAAACAGAAGUGAGGAUGCCAGAGUGUCUGAAUGCUCAAUCUUGUUCCAGUUCUCAUGAAGACACUCACAGCUCAAAUGGAAAGGAUGGAAGUUGCUCCCCUAAUUCCUGUUCAAAGUUUAAGGUAGAUCCUGAUAAAAUCACAAAUUUGAAAACCCAGGUACAGAAUGCUGAUUGGGCCACAAAACUAUUGAAGUUAAUGAAGCAAUCAGCUUCAAAUUCAGAAGUAGACCAACUACAGUCUCGCUCUGAGAGUCUCUGUACAAGUAAAGAUGGCAGCAGAGAUCAGGAAGUGAAUAUUUUGAAUGAAGGUGAAACCUCAGUUAACUUUAAUACUUCAAACGCUUCUGAAAAUAAACAGGAGAACAGCAUGAACAGUACUUUUCAAAUCAAGCUGCUCUCUCUUAAGCAGGAAUCAAAUGACACCAAGGCAGAUUAUUCAAAUUCCAUUAAAAAAGAGGCUGGUUUGGAAGAAAGUGAAAGUGGAGGUGAAGAAGACAAUAUUCCACUUGAUACGUUUAUACAUUAUUUAAAGAAAAAGAGAUCUCUUUCAGGAAGAUCAAGUUCUUUGCCAAAGCCUUUACUGAAUAAAGACCUGAACACAGAAAUACCAGAUCAAGGACAGUCUAAUUCUGGCAGUUUAUGCCCAAAGAGAGGUGACCUCAAAGAUCAAAAAGUGAGCAUGCUACGUACAGAUAAAACUUCAGCAAAUUUUAACAGUCUAUCUAGUUCUGAAAAUAAAGAGGAGAUACCUAGGAAUGCUCCUCUAAUCAGUCCUCUCUUAAUUAAGCAUGAGUCAACUGACAGACUGUUAGAUUUUUCAAGAUAUUUUAAAAGAGAAGGCGAUUCAGAGGAAAAAAGAAAUCAUGAAGAUAAUGCAGCAGUUGCAUGUGAUUUGGUAAAGCAAUUUGGAGCUAGCCCCUUAACAGACUCUCAGAUCGAUAGAGACCUUGAUAAAUUAUCCUUAGCCGCUUAUGCCAAAGGUGUCAAUUUUCCUGUUGAUUCAAGCCAAGAAUGCUCAGUACGUCUGAGUCACAUUAAAAGGAAAGUAAAAGGUGCUGUUAGAUCAUCCACAAAGGGCCAAAGUAAUGAGUCCUCUUCUGAUGCAGAUUGUCCCAACAAUGAAGUCAUCGUCAUUUCAGAUUCUUCUUCUGAUGAGGAAAAAAAGUUGGAUAUUAAGAAACCAGUAAAAAAAGAUGUGUAUAUGUGUCCAGAAAAACAGCCUUUAACACCUGACUAUGUUUCUGAUAGUGCAAACAAAAAAGAGCAAUUGGAGACUCAUAGCUCCCCUUUGCCAUGUGAGGAACAUAAUUCUCAGUUUUUUGAGUUUGAAACUGAAGACGAUGUCUUUUCAGUCUGGCAAGAUUCUCAGAUAAAUGAUGAGGAAGUGAAUCAGGCACAGGAACAAGACUCUAACUUGACAUCAACAAGCAAAUGUGCUUCAGAUAGUUUUGAGUUGGCAGAUCGUAUAAAUGACGGGGGUUAUGAUACAGAUUAUAUCAGUGAUGAUGUCAUUGAAAAAGCAGAAGAGGUCGUUGAAAGGCAGGUAGAUUCUCUGUCUCAUAAGGAAGUUAGUAAAACUGGCACGAAAUCUGAGGCAACUUUUCAAGAGCCUGCUAUCCAGGGAAAUGCAACUGCUCAGUCUGAGAAUUCUACUCAGCCAGAUGCUGUUGCUAAAGACCAUGCCAAAAACACAGGCUUGAUGGAACCCAGAGCAUCUGCAUCUAGUGUAUCAUUUGCUUCAAAGUUGACUAUUAAAAAAAGCACUUUAAGCCCAGGCAAAAACUUAGCAAAAUCCAAGUUGGUAAGAACUGCCCUUAGAAGUCCCAGAAAAGUGAGCCUUAAAACUGUGCAAAACAAAAAACUUCCUCAGACUAGUUCUAGAAAUACUGAGCCUUGCAGGUCAACCCCUGCUGUAGUUCCUCCAAAGAAAGUUCACCAGUGUCCUGAGCCAACUUCAACUGUGGUCAAACUUGGCCUAAAAAAGGCCCCCCGCAAAGCAUUUGAGUUAUCCCAGCGAUCCUUAGAUAGUCUGGCUGAAUUGCGCAGUUAUGGGAAAGCUGCUGGGGCAGUUCAGACUCCACAGAAACAAAAAACUAAAUUAAUUGCUCCACAGAAUCUAGUUACAAAACAUAAUAGAAAAAUGUUAGCCUGCCAAGAUCUUCCGUUUCGGAGGCAGAUAAGACCCACACAAGUGGGGAGAGGGAAAAAUCAGAUAGGAAGUUCUGAGGGCAGAAGGAAAAAAAUAACUGAAAAGUCUGAUCCAAAGCACCCAAUACAACAGCCUGUGGAUUUUGACCCAGUAUCUGCUGCGGGAACUAGUGAAAAACAAAAAGCAAGCACAGCUGAGCGGGUAUGGUGUCCCUCAAGCAAUGAUGGGAAAAAAGUGAGAAAAAGCUUCUCACCUGGGAGAAAGGAAGUCCAAACUACACACAUGAGUAAAAUGGCUCCACAUGGUUCUAAGGAAUCUAACAUGAAAAUAGAAGAAAACAAUAUGGCAGUUCCUGCAUUACAGAUCAAAUCAUGUUUUUCUUCAUCUUUAAAUGGAGACUACAAAAAUGAAACUGCAGAGAGAGAAUAUGUUGUCCCUCUGGUUUCCCCAUCUACACCUAACUUUGAGGGGGCAACUCUGGAAGUGAGCAAGCCUAAAUUAAAUGAAGAGAGUGAUGAUGAUUUAUUUUUAACUCAGUUAGAUCCUGUGGAUAUGGAAAUGUGUUCGCAGAUGGAAAAUGUUGGCGAUAUUAUAAUAGCUAGUGAAAAAGAGCUAGUAGACACGGAAGUAGAUGCUGCUGAAAGUCUGCUGCAGAAUGAGCCCUUAGGUAUUGUGAAGUGUAAGUACAAAGAUUGUACAGAACAGGUGGAAAAGACAGUGGAGUACUGUAGGAAGCAUUCUGCCUCUGAUGCUUCAGAUCAUCUCUUUGUCAAGCCAGCUUUACCACCUCGUAAGCCUGAAAAACCUUCCACUACUAAAAUUUUCAGCUCAAAUAGCUCUUCACGGAGUGCCAACCUCACGAAGGAUCUUGAAAAUAUUUCAAAGCACUCGUCAUCAAAAGCCAAGUCAAAUGUGGUAAAAUCCAGAGUGUCCAAGACAGGGAAUCCAAAAGCUGUAUCGACAGAGAACCAGAUAGUCAAGACCCCAAGUUUCAGCAAUAGUCUUCGGUCCCAGAGUUCCAGCAAUGUUCUCCGGCCCCAGAACAUGCAGACAAACAGUACUUCAUGUUUUCCCAACAGGUCUGCCUUAGGGGCUCAUUCAGGGCAAGCAAGAGGUCUCCCUUCCUUUCCACAAGCAAAUGCUCUUGUCACUCAACAACGUGAUCAUAGUAUUUUUGUUACAGAGAUUCUGAAAUGGAACUAUGAAAUGUUUGUCAACUUCAGCCAGUUUGGACUUCCACAUAAUCUCCUUCAAUCAAUUAUGGUCUCUGUUCCUGUCAAAUUUCAGGGAUACAAUGACUAUUUUAAUACAUUUUUCCCCUUGAUGAUGCUAAAUGCCUUUGAAACAGUUGCACAGGAAUGGAUAGAAAACCAGAAAACAAGAGAGAAAAAUUGUUAUCAUUUGCACUUACAAAAUUUCUGCGCUGACUUGAAUCGAGCAGAUUUUACAGCAUGCAUUCGGGAAAGUGAUCUGGCAAAACAGCUUCAUCCAAAGGAUGACGACUUGAUCUUUUUGGUGGUGCCUGAAAAACAAAACACCUUUACAGAGGAAAGUGAGAUGGAGAGCCAUCUAAUGUAUCAUGUUGGUUUUGUGACCCGCUUCUCCCGUGCAUCACUCCGUGAAACGAGGCAAAAUGAGCAGCAUGUUGUCUGUCACCUUUCUGUCCAAACUCGAGGCAAUUUGUCAUACUACAUAAAUCAGCCAGUGAAAUGUGUAGUGGUCAGCUCUCUAGUGACCACGCAACGAAGGUUCAAAGGUCUGCUACUGUUGAGCAGGAGUCCUCUGGCUAAACCCAUCAUAAAUCCAAGUUACACUGACUUCUGUCCCAGGGAUUUGAAUGUAACUUCAGAGAGCACUACUUCCUACAUGAGAGACUACAAUGCAGAUCAGAAGAAGGCUAUUGAAACUGCUUAUGCUAUGGUGAAGGAGCAUCCAAGACUUCCCAGAAUCUGCCUGAUCCAUGGGCCACCUGGGACAGGGAAAUCAAAAACUAUUGUUGGACUCCUGUACCGUAUUCUGACAGAGAGGUCUGGGAAUGAGAAUCCAGCUCAAAACUUGAAUGCCAAGAUCAAGCGAAACCGUGUUCUGGUUUGUGCACCAUCCAAUGCUGCUGUUGAUGAACUCAUGAAAAAGAUAAUCUUGGAAUUCAAAGAAAAAUGCCAAGACAGAAAAAAUCCUUUGGGAAAUUGUGGAGAUAUAAACUUAGUGCGACUAGGUCCAGAAAAGUCAAUAAGCACUGAUGUCCUGAGAUUCAGCCUGGACAGCCAAGUUAGCCACAGGAUGAACAGGGGACAACCUGGCCGUGACCAGGAUAUUCACAGGAAAAAGGAAGCUCUAGAUCGCCAGCUGGACAGUCUCUCUCGGCAGCGUGCCAUGGAUAGAUGUGAUAAGAGGCAGAGGAGUCAAAAGUUAGAUGAGGAAAUUGCCAGACUUUCAAGAGAGCGGCAACAACUCACUUCUCAGCUGAGGCAGGUUGGAGGGCGCCCUCAGGAAGUGCAGGCUAGCAUCAUCUUGGAGUCCCACAUCAUCUGUUGCACAUUGAGCACAAGCGGAGGCUUUCUGCUGGAGUCUGCUUUUCGCCGGCAAGGACUUGACCCUUUCAGCUGUGUCAUUGUGGAUGAGGCAGGGCAGUCAUGUGAGGUUGAAACUCUGAUCCCAUUGACUCAUCGCUGUAGUAAACUUGUCCUUGUUGGAGAUCCCAAGCAGCUGCCUCCUACUGUAAUAUCUAUGAAAGCUCAAGAGUAUGGCUAUGAUCAGUCUAUGAUGGCUCGCCUGCACAAACACCUGGAGGAACAGAUGCAGCAGAAUGUUACAGGGAAGCUGCCCGUUUUACAGCUGACUGUACAAUAUAGGAUGCAUCCUGACAUCUGCCUCUUCCCAUCCAAUUACAUUUAUGGCAGGACUUUAAAGACUGACAGAGCAACAGAAGAGAACAGAUGUUCUUCAGAUUGGCUAUUCCAGCCAUACCUGGUCUUUGAUGUAGCAGAUGGCCACGAGAAACGGAAUAAUGACUCUUUUGCUAAUCCCCAGGAAGUAAAGCUGGUGAUGGAAAUAAUGAAAUUGAUUAAAGAAAAAAAGAAUGAUAUUGGUUUUCGUCACAUAGGAAUAAUCACCCCUUACAGUGCACAGAAAAAGAUGAUUCAACAAGAACUGGACAGAGAGUUUGGCAGGGGCAGAGCGGGAGAAGUAGACACAGUUGACGGGUUCCAGGGUCGACAGAAAGACUGCAUUAUAGUGACGUGUGUAAGAGCGAACAGCACACAAGGGUCAAUUGGGUUUCUGGCAAGUCUUCAGCGUCUGAAUGUUACAAUUACCCGAGCCAGGUACAGCCUCUUCAUCCUUGGAAGAUUGACAACGUUAAUGGACAAUAAAGACUGGAAUAAGCUGAUUCAGGAUGCUCAGAGAAGAGGCGCUAUCAUCAAGACUUGUGACAAAAACUAUAAAAGAGAUGCUGUUAAAAUUCUGAAGCUCAAACCAACAUUACAGCGGCCACUCUCUUAUCCUCCUACUGCUGCGCUGUCAGAGAAAGCUACUCAAAUGCAGGCGUGUUUGGGCAAUGAUGGGAAGAAUAAGGUCCCCAACAGAAAAAGCAGCAAUGACUCUGGAAUACUCUCGGCCUGUGCUGGCCUGUCAGCACAAGGCAAUGGAGUAGUAAGACAGGCACCAGAGUCUCAAGCUUUGGGUUUCAAAGGAGUCACUCUUCCCACACCGGUGCAGCCUGCUGUUCGAGAGAGACCACGGGAUCCAAGACUGGCUAGGAGGGCAGAAGCGACAGGGAAGGAGCAGGCCUCCAAGAAUAGCAAUCCAUCAGCCCUGAGCAAUCCAGAUGUGACAUUGUCACGGGGACCUGAUGCAUCGGCAGCCCACUGGGGUCAGAUCAGCACUGUGCAGCCUACUGUCUCCAAGGCGGAAAAUUCCAACAAACCCAACCAAACUGUAAGACAGCCGGACAUGCCUUUCACUGCUUCCCAUACAGCCAGGCAGGACCAUGACUGGAGAGUUUCUGUCUCCUCAAAAGAGGCAAGAACUGGCAGCAAAGACAAGGACUGUCGGACCCCUGCAAGCAGAAGAGCAUUGGAACAACCCCCAGAGAACAAAGACUUGAGUGAGGCCAAGAGGAGGAAGGUCUCCUAUUAGCUGAAAUCUUUCUAGGAUCAGCUGCAGCUGGCAGCCUUGCCCCCACUAUAUAAGCCCCUCCAAAACCUAUCCCUGCCCUUAAAAAUAUGGACUAUAUUUAAAAAAAAUAAAUAUCUAGUUCACCUGGAACUCCUUCAUAUUGCUACUUUUCUACUAACAGAUCCAGUUUUUCCCAUCCCAUCACUGACUGUUGGGUGAAUUCAUACCUGAAAAAUCAUAUCCUUGGAGCUUUUGAACUGAAAAGUUGGGAAAUUGCGCCAUAUGUAAUGGCAAUAAGUUUGAACUAUGAUCCUAGGAAGUGAAGUGCUGUAAAUGUUGAAUUGAUGUAUAUUUGUAUAGCAUACAAAAUUAUUUUAAGAUUUAAUUCAGCAAGCAUAUUGCUGCUUGUUUCCGUGCCCGAAAGCUGAUUUCAGAGUGGAGCAAAUUUUUUUUAUAAAAAAAAAAAAAAAACUGAGAGAAAACCUCACCAGAGAUUUUCGGUAAGUCUAGUUUCUUUAAUAGCAAAUAGGACAUUUUGAAAAGGCUGAGAGGGUGGUAACGGGUCAGAUGGCUUUUGAUUCUUUCUGAAAUUCCACUGGUAUCUGGUGGAAGACAGUGAGAAGGUUGUUUGUGUGCGUGAAUGUUCAACAGAAUUCUACAUAUGGUGUGUAUAUAUAUAAUUUUUUUUAUUUCACUUCCCCAUUUUUUCAUAGGAACAAAAUAUCCUUGGCUCAUGCAGAUGUGCCUUGAGUCUUACUUUUGGUCCUUAUUCUUCAGCUGUUGUCCUUAGCCCUCUGAUUGUGACAUCAGUUUAUUGCAGUUUGAGUCUAUAGACUGAUGGCACUAACUGUGGCUCAAGACACUGAGCUCCCACUGAAGUCGGUAGUAGUUGAGGACGGCCAGAUUGCAUGAGCCUGGUUAGGCCUAUUGGCUCCAAGUGAGGAAUAAGCAGCAGAAGUUUUUGAAGUCUUUAUCAAAGAUCCAGUCCAUCCUUGAUGAUGAUGAUGAUACUUGGCUUGCUUGGUAACAGAGCACUUUGAGAUCUGCAGAGAUGAAAAGGCUAGCUAUAUAAGAGCUGAGUAUGAUUAUUACUAUUACUGGAUUCUGUUUACUCUGUAGAUGUAGAAUAUCUAACUGGUAAAUGAAUAAAACUGCAAUAACUAAUUUUUUAAAAACAAAAAAAAAAGCCCUACUCAUGUGCAUGUUUUCGUAACCGAAACAAAAAAAGAAGUGCAAGUGGAGUUGUUUCUAAAUAGAAUAUGUUCAGAGUAAGGCAUCAGUUGCUCUUUCAGGAAUAUCAUGAAUGUCUAAGUGUAUAAAGAAAGUGAAUAACAUCUGUUAGGCGUACUAUCUGUUUUGCAUAGAGACAAUACAGAGCUCAUGUUUUGUUUGCGUGUGUUUAUUUAGCACUUUGACGAUCUGUCACUGGCUAGAGCCAGAAGUAGUGUGGGCAAGCAAGGUGCAGAUUUUUUCUUUGGACCUUUGAUGAUGAUGCAGCUCAUUUUCAACUUGCAAAUACCUCUACUAUGGCUUUUCUAAGUUUGAUCUGAGAAGAGAUUACCAUGGUAUGCCAAAUCAUUUCAUGCUGUGGACAAAUGACACCUCAGAACUAGAAGGAAGCCAUCAAACUUGCUUUAUAUGUGAGCUCUUGUGAGAUAGAACCCAGCUUUCUUAAGAUGCAAAAUUAAGACCUAGCUCCAUUAAAUUAACGGGAGCAGGUUCUCGGCACAUCUACUGAAUGACUUAUGCCCACCGCUGCACAGGAGGGUUUUGAUUCCGUUAGCAUGCUGGUCUUUCCAGUUUCACCACAACAUAAGAAAAUUGGGCUAAACAGUCGUGCCAAUGGUUUUGUUUAGGUUUCCCUCCCGAUACUUUCAUUGCAGUGAUUAAUGUUGCCUUCUUCCUUUCAUACCGACAAACGGCUGCGUGGUGCUGGUGGUGUCACAGCAAAAUAUAGAGAUGACAUAACCACUGUCAGAAUAAUAGGACAGUAGCCUGCGUGGUAAACUGUAAGCUGAACUGGUCUGAAUUCACCCAUCCGAGCUUGAAAUAGAUGGGCUUUACUAGCGACAGCUGAGUGCUAGGUAUAUUGGAAGGCUAUAUCUCCUGUAUCGGCAUGGCACAGCUCAUGACCUGCUGUUCUCUAUUACAGUGAUGGUAAGGAGAAUAAAUGGGCUAAAUUCUGCCCUUAGAUAGGCACAAGAAAUAACGCCAAUAACAGAUGUUGCCCACAAAAUUUGAGGGCAGUAUUUCACCUCAGAGCUUUGUUUCAUAUGUGUACUACAUUAAUUGCUAGCACCGUAUGCACCUUAAACUGUCAUGAAAGUCGUUCAGAGUAGUGUAUGAUGUAACUUGCGUUUGCGGGGAGUAGAGCUGUUAGAAUGAGCUGCUUGUUGUCAUACAUUAGAGAUCUCUGUAUAACUCCUAGUUGAGAUUCAUGCCCUGUGUGUAUCUAUAUCUAGGCUAAAUAGGAACACUUUGAAAUACUGUCUCCCUUAUAAACCUGUUGUAUCGGUGCAGUAUUGGUUAAAAAGGCAGGGUUAAUCAGCUAACCGAUGUAGUUCCUAUAGCUAUGGAAACUAUGCAGUGUAUAUUCAUGUAAAAAAACUGAAGACAAAGUCAGUGUAAAUCAGGGAAUGCUUUUCUAACGAUUAACUGGAAAACUGUUUGUUUGUCAAGCAAAUCUUCGAACUCUUCCAGUCUUCUUUUUGUCAGAUCAGCUGCACAUUCCAGAAUGUAAGUUCUAUCCUGAAAAUGACGCUUGUCAGGUGCUGGAAGGAAUUUUAUUCUGAUGUCUUACAUUGCCUUUGUGGCAUUACAUCACCCAUGCUUUGUAUAUUUUAUAUCUCCUGCCUCUGUAUAGGGAGAAGUGAUGAGCUGUGCAAUUUUUACUACACAGGGAUAAGUGGCUUGUGCGUGCCUAUCUGGACCCAAUAAAUCCUGUAUUACACGCACUAUUGCUUAGUGGAGUUGUAUAACUUCUCAAUAAACCCUGUUUGAUUGAGAGACUGCAGUACCGUUCCAGUUUACUCCCUCAGCUGAUACAAGGUUUUAUUGCCUUUACUUGCUUUGUAUAUGUCGCCGCUUUGUCCGUCAUUUCUCUGCACUAGCUCAUUCUGCCACAUCAGUCUGUUAAUGCUCUAUUUUGUUUUUGAAUAAAAAAUGUUUGAGUUGA